AUGGUCGCCGAAGGAAAGAAGGGAAAGGUCAUUCUCGCUUACUCGGGCGGUCUCGACACUUCAUGCAUUCUCUUGUGGUUGAUUGAGCAAGGCUACGAGGUUGUCGCUUUCAUGGCCGAUGUUGGACAGGAGGAGGACUUUGAGGCCGCCAAGACCAAGGCCAUGAAGUGCGGUGCCGCCGGCUUCUUCCUUGAGGACCUCAAGCGGGAGUUUGUCGAGCAGCUGAUCUACCCCGCUGUUCAGUGCAACGCCAUCUACGAGAACGUCUACCUCCUUGGUACCUCGCUCGCCCGCCCCGUCAUUGCCCGCGGCAUGAUGGAAGUUGCCCUCCGUGAGGGCUGCGACUUCGUCUCGCACGGCUGCACCGGCAAGGGAAACGACCAGGUCCGUUUCGAGCUUGCCUUCUACGGUCUUUCCCCCAGCAUCAAGGUCAUUGCGCCUUGGCGUCUGCCUGAGUUCUACGAGCGUUUCGCUGGCCGGUCCGCCCUCCUCGACUAUGCCGCCAAGAACGGUAUCCCCGUCACCCAGACCGCUGCCAAGCCUUGGUCGACCGACGAGAACUUGUUCCACAUCUCCUACGAGGCCGGUAUCCUCGAGGACCCCAACACCACCCCUCCCGACGACAUGUGGAAGCUCACCACCUCCCCCCUCAAGGCUCCCGAGCAGCCCGAAACCCUCACCAUCGAAUGGAGCCGUGGUCUUCCCACCAAGGUGACCAAGCAGGACGGCACCACCGUGACCGAUGCCGUCGAGGUCUUCCUCACCCUCAACGCCCUUGCCCGCAAGCACGGUGUCGGCCGUAUCGACAUUGUCGAGAACCGGUUCAUCGGUGUCAAGUCUCGCGGAUGCUACGAAUCCCCCGCCGCCACCAUCCUCCGUGUCGCCCACAUGGACCUCGAGGGUAUGACGCUGGACCGGAACGUCCGCGCUCUCCGGGACCAGUUCAUCACCACCGCCUUCUCCCAGAUCCUCUACAACGGGUUCUUCUUCUCCCCCGAGCGCGAGUUCGUCACCGCCGCCAUCCCCCAAUCUCAAAAGACCGUCAACGGCUUCACCCGGCUCAAGCUGUACAAGGGGAACGUCAUUGUCGAGGGACGUGACUCGGACGAGGGUCUGUACGACGCCAAGUUCAGCUCGAUGGAUGAGCAGGGAGGCUUUGAGCCCACUGCCACUUCGGGCUUUAUCGAUAUCUCUAGCAUCCGCAUCAAGGCGUGGGCGGUCGCGAACGGCAAGCGGGGCCAGUCGGGCGUUGCUGUCGGCGACGUGUACAACCGGGAGUAG